GCCUAUCGUUCCCUCCUAUUCUGUCUCACUCCGUCUCUCUGUCGCCGCUCUCGUGCCCGAAAAACUAACUCUUGCAAAACCCUAAGUUUCCUUUGCCGUUAGAUUUAUAAUUUAAUCCUUGCAUUAGAUAUCGUCUGGUUCUCAAAAGUUGCAGUCUUUUCGGAUUCACAAAUUCUAUUUUUACCUGUUUAUCGCCUGUUUCUCGGUUGAAGAUGGCGAUUUGAUUGUACGAUUCGUUAGGGGAAGACAAAGGUUCUGUCUUUCUUGCUUGAUUUGCGCGUGCAAGGUCAAUAAAUCUGGAAAAGGUUGUUUUCUAUGCCUGCCCGCAAUCUGUUUGUUGUUUUGUUCUAUGGACACAUGACGGUCUGAUGAGUUUUGUGAUUCAUCUUUGACUUCUGCCUGCAACGAAAUAUAGGAUUCCUUUUCAAGGGGAUAGGAAGAUAGGAAGGGAUCAUGCUAUCUGUUCAUACCAUUCGUCGAAUUUGUGCUGCGAUUGAUGCCUUUAGUGUGACUUUUAUAGCUGCCACUCUCUCGAGGUCAAGAAAGAAAACCGAUCUUUCAGUUUUGGCUAACGAGUCUAACAAUCCUGAAAAUUUCCCUACUAUCGCUGCUUGCAAAGCUGCCGUUUUGAAUAAGCAUCACAAGCUGAAGCCUCAAGUCGAGAUAGAGUCCUCGUCAACCAACACUGUUUCUGAUCCCUUACCCAUCAGUGAGCCUGCCAUCGUGAAGCUUAAGGCAGAGAAGGAUCCAGAGAAGCUCUUCCACCUCUUCAAAUCAAAUGCACAUAACCGUCUUGUAGUCGAAAAUCGUUUUGCAUUUGAGGACACAGUAUCCCGCCUUGCUGGAGCUCGCCGAUAUGACCUCAUCGAACACUUGCUCGAGCACCAGAAGACUCUUCCCCAGGGUCUUCGCGAAGGAUUCAAUGUUCGGAUCAUAAUGCUAUAUGGGAAAGCUGGUAUGCCUGAUCACGCCUUGCAGACAUUCCAUCAAAUGCAUCUAUUUGGAUGUCCCCGCACCGUCAAAUCAUUCAAUGCCACACUUCAGGUCCUGUCACAAGCCCGCAGAUUUGACGAUGUCCAUACGUUUUUCAUUCAGUGUGCUAACAAGUAUGGGAUUGUGCUCGAUGAGAUUUCAUAUAAUAUUGUCAUCAAGUCAAUGUGUGAAAUGGGUCGUUUGGAUUCUGCUUACUUGGUAAUGGUGGAGAUGGAGAAGGCUGGGCUGAAACCAGAUGUUGUCACAUACACGACGCUGAUGUCUGCAUUCUACAAGCAUGGACGUCGUGAGAUUGGUGAUGGGUUAUGGAAUCUCAUGGUGCUUCGGGGUUGUUCACCGAAUUUAGCUACUUUUAAUGUUAGAAUACAGUUCUUGAUCAACCGAAGGAGGGCUUGGAAAGGCAAUGACUUAACACACUUAAUGUGUAAUGCUGGUAUACAACCAGAUGAAAUGACAUAUAACUUGAUCAUCAAAGGUUUUUGCAUGAUUGGUGAGCUUGAGAUGGCCAAGCGGGUUUUCUAUGCUAUGCAUGGAAGAGGAUGCAAACCAAACAGUAAAAUUUAUCAAACCAUGGUUCAUUACCUCUGUGAAGGAGGGAACUUUGAUUUGGCAUUCAGGUUGUGUAAGGAUAGCAUGGAAAAGAAUUGGUUUCCAAGUGUUGGCACCAUUGAUAAGCUGCUAAAAGGCCUUAUGAGUACCUCAAAAGACCGAAAUGCCAGGGAAAUCAUGAAGUUGGUUAAGGCAAGAAUACCUUCAUAUUCAAUUAAUGAAAUUAAAAAUUUUCAAGGCAUAUUGUAUCAAAGUAGGUAACAAGCCAAUGAAGAUUUGGAAUAAUGUUGAUGUCACACGUUGGUUAGAAGACCAUGGUUUCUUUUCAACCUAUUUAUUUAAUUUAUAACUGGACAGCAGAAAUCAUCCUGGAUUGGCUGCUGAGGCUUGGGCUCUUUGGGUUCAGUGUCAGAAUCAUCUGAUUGUGAGAAUGCCAGACGGUUGAAUUUCAGGUCUCGAGAUGAAACAGAGAGGUUCGCUGUUGAACAGAUUAAAUAGCAAGAUUUGUGCAUCCAGUUGCUGAAAGAAAUUCAUGAGUGUCAUUCAGUUAAUUAACCAGAUGGUGUAUCUUACAGAAGGUGACUUCUCAAAAUUCUCCUUACAGGAUGAUUCCUUCAAUUGCAUUCCUUGCAAAUGAUUGCAAGGAACUGAGAGAAAGUCUGAGAAUGGUAGAGCCACUGCAUUUAAUUGCACUGGUAGUAUUCUGCAGCACGCCCGAUCGAAAAUGUCUUCUGGAUUAGGAAUCAACCAGCUUCAUAUGGUCCAUGAGGGUUAGCAACAACCUGGAGGCCGAAAUGUUCGUCUUCAUGACUUCAAAAAUUGCCCCUUGGUUACAAUUCUAAUAUGGUCCAGAAAAUGAUCUUGUCACAAAUUGGAAUGUUUUUGCCACUAUGGAAGCAGGAGCCAGAGGGACAGAAACCAAUUAAAUAGACAUGUAGUAUCUCAAUGCUCCUCAUGUCCAAGUCUAAAUUUUUAUCAGUUAGGUUUUACUUGAGAUGUUUUGGACUUGGAUUUAGGAUACUUUAAGAGAUUUCUCUUCAUUGUAGUUUAUUUUUCUCACAUGAAUAAUCUGGACUUUUCUUUAUGGAUAUAGAUAAAGGGGAUCGAACUAUCAUGUAAAUCUUGGGUGGACUUUUUGGGUUUGUGAAUUUUCUUAUUGAUUCUGGUGACUAUUCUUUUGA